AAAGAAGAAAGAGCCUGGUUUGCACCAUUUAUCAUCGAGUGUAUUGUCAUCUUUUUGCUGAACGCCUUUACACUCGCCAUCUACACAAGAAACCGUCACUUACGCAAGCCCAGUACGUACCUUAUUAUAAAUCUGACUGUGGCUGAUUUACUGGUGGGAACAGUGGGAACAGUGCUUGUACGUUUAUCAUUUUUCGUACCAGAUAAACUGGAGAGGGACCUGGAACUUAAACAGGCUUUUAGCUGGCAAUCAUUCGUGUAUUUGACAUUAUCUGAUUUCGUUAGAGAGGUUACACGCAACACUUUUCCCCUUUAGGCAUUGUCUUAUUGGAAAGCGGGUUUACCUCACCACUAUUUGUUGUAGUUGGUUGUUCUCCUUGACUUUGUCAUGUGUGUUUUCUCUUCUUGAUUUGCGCGCAUCACCUCCAUUUCCCUAUGUAUUUUCAUCUUACAUUUUUCUCUCCCUUCUCAUUCUCACAGUUUCAUAUGUCAUAAUUAUCUCAACUGUCAAAAACAAUCCCCCUUCCCCUAAUGCUGGACUAGCGCUUUCAAAAGAAAGGAAACUAACGGUGACCUUAUUUACAGUUAACGUGGUCUCUGUUCUAACCAUUCUUCCUUUUGUUAUUUGGAUUGUUAUCGCCCAUCACAUACAGAGUAAACUAUGUCAUGCAGUCUUUAUCCGCAUCGAAUUCUCGUUUGACUUACUCUAUUUAUUCAAUUCUAUAAUCAAUCCCCUAAUAUAUGCAAUAAGAAUGCAAGAGUUUAGGAAAGCAGCCACAAAACUUUUU